GCAGAACCGCGGUUCCUGUCUGCGACGACAGUGAAUGGGGUGUCGCGGGUCACCGAGAGAUGGAGACCCAGUGCAGGCAGUUCCACUGCUAUCAGUUCGCGGCUGAUGAGGUGUUUCAACGAGGCUUGGCUCAGCUUGGAGAGACGGUGCGGGAAUCGGAAGAGCGGCUCCUCGAGGCGAUGAUCUACUAUUACUCCAGGUUUAUUGGACCCAUUGACCUUGAAAGCUACAAAGAAUGGCUUUCCUCACAAAUUACUGAUGCCAAGAAUCAGAAUAACUUAGCUGCAGAGGAAGAUAUGACAAAGGCUUUUGAGAAGCUACUCAGACAGACUCCGAGUGAUCUAGGAGAAAAUGACCAAUCAGCUACAAUAGAAACCACAAAAGUCUGUCACACACCACCCAUAGAUCAACAAGAAGAUAAAAUGAAGGAUGCAAAACUGUAUUUUCAGAUUAGUAAAGAAAUAGAUGGUAAAUCUUACAAUGCUCCUUAUGAACUAACAGAGAACAGUCAAACAAAGGCAUCCCAUGAAAAUAGAACAAUUGGUGACAUUCCAAAUCUUUCUUCUAUGACCACAGAAAUGAAUGAAGCAAGCUGCACCCUAUCUUUCUCUCAAGUACUUCAUCUUGUGCAAAGUGGACAAGAAAUUCCUGACAUUCAUAAAUGGAACAUUACGUCAACCAAUAGUAUGCCUACUGUUUCACAAAUGGCAAGGAAGCCCAAACCUUGGGAAAGUGUCUAAUAUUUUUAUUCACAGUAUUUAAUUAAAAUAAGGAAAUGGCCUUAAUUUAUGACAAUUGAUGCAGUUUACCGGAAUUAAAAUACAGGCAUAAGUAGUUUCAGCUGAUUUAGAGGCAGAAUUGUGGGCUUCCAGCUGAAGUUUGAAUCUUUGCCGAGGCAGGAAUUUGAAGUUGGCUACCAGAUUUCCCCAGUUCCAUUGGACACAAGGCUUCUGCUCUAAAGGUUUCCAUUGUGAGAAAAUGAAUGUCCAGUUAUUCACCUGCAGAGCUUGUAUUCUUCUUAAUUACAAGAGAUGCUGUUGAUUCAGAAUAUUCUACCUUCCUGCCUGAAGAAUAAUCACAGGAGGUGAUGAUGUCGGAGAGAAGAGGAAAGCAGAUAAUAGAUCUACAGCAUGUAUAAUUGAAGAUUCAGUUAUAAAAUUGAAUGCUGUUACUGUAUCUUUUCCCUAAUUUUUGUAACAAAUGGCAUUUGUUGAUUGAUCACUGCUGCUUGUUUUAUCUGUUUUAGAUAAUCCUCAAUUUUGUGUGUGUCAUAAGCCAAGUCUAUAUUUUAUAGAAAUGAUAGGGUUAAUUGCUUCCUUUGAAGAUGUGGCAGUGAAGGUGAGAGAUGCCUUUCUUCUUUGAACUGUGCUGCCUGAGAGCAUGGAAUAAAUUGACAAAUGCUUUUAAGUGCUUGGCACAAAA